AUGUUAAAACGUUAUACAACGAAACUAAAUUUAUUUUUUUUUACAUUAAUAUUUCUUAUUUAUUUGUUUGCCGGUGCUCAUUUAUUUUCAUUUAUUGAACAACCAACUGAACGUAUAAUUAUUAAUGAAAUGUCGAAAACAAGAAAAGAUUUUCUUGAGAAAUAUCCUUGUGUAAAAGACGACGAUUUUGAAUCGUUUAUUGUUACAUUACUUGAUGCUAAUAAACAUGGAGUAGAUGCACGAACAAAUUUUACCACAUAUGGUCAUGUGAGCCCUUUGUCAGAUACUGGUCGAAUAAUCUGUAUAAUAUAUGCUAUAAUUGGUGUUCCCAUGACAUUAUUAUUACUGACAACAAUUGUUCGAAAACUUCUCAUUCUUCUUAAUAAUACUUAUUUAUGGUUUUGUCGUAAAUUUUCAUCUAAUCAAAGAUCUGAAUCGAAAAUUCGUUUUAUACAUUUAUCAAUAAUUCUCAUAUUUUCACUUAUUUUUCUUUUUAUUAUUCCAUCAAUUAUAUUUGUAUGCAUCGAAGAAAAUUGGACAUUCAUCGAUGCAUUUUAUUUUUGUUUUAUUUCAUUAACAACAAUUGGUCUUGGAGAUUUUGUUGCUGGAGAUUCACCAACACAACGUAAUAGACUUUUUUAUAAAAUAUGUUUAACAAUUUAUCUAUUAGUUGGUGUAACGAUUAUGAUGUUAAUUCUUGCAAUGGUUUCACAAAUUCCUGAACUUCGUUUAAUACAAUAUUUUCUAAGUGAAACAGAAGUUGAAAAUGAACAUGAACGUUUAUCAACAUCAGAAACAUCUGGUUUACUUUGGUUACCGAAUUCAUCAUCUAGUCAUUCUUAUGGUGUUCAAAAUUCAUCAACUGAUCAACCAUAUCGUCGGCAAAUAAACGAAACAGAAAAUAUGUCGAAUAUGACUUCUGACAAUACAAAAGGUUAA